CUGUCCAUUCUCAACACAUGGAUAGCAUCUCAUCGCGAGAAGGAAAUGUACAUGGAGGAGGGGUAGACACUGUGGAUGCACCGGUACCGAAUGAAAAAUCCACUACCGUAAGCGCUGGUGCCUCCCAGAAUGGUGGUGUAGUCGACGAGUCAUCAACAUCUGGACCUAUCACAAGUGAAUCGGUCCCCGCCCUCGAGGGAGGCGCUUUGGACGAGAACGACAGCAAUGACCCUUCUAAGAAGCUUGCAGCAUCAAGAUCGAGACCUCGGUUGGAUCUUUCUGCCUUGACUAAUGUUCCAUCUAGAACCGGAGAACGGAGGAAAGGGAAGAGUAUUUUUGGCCAGGUCCUUGGAACACUCAAUAAGGCGAAACUCGAGGAUAAGGAACGAUCAGCUAGCGAGGCGGCUAAGAAGCGACAAUCCAUUGAGUUCAGACUGCAUGCGAAGCUCUCGCGCGAACAGAGCUAUAGCCGCAAAAAAGAGGAAGUCAAGCGUGAUCGCAUCACAGCGAACCGAAAAGAAGAAGAAUUGUCCAUAAAAGACAGUAUUGUCAAACACCGAUAUCCCUUAAUCCCAAAUCUAGCAAAUUUCCUAUUAACAACUGACGUGAUACCAAGAGAACACCCUUCCCCCAAAGAUGAAAGCAGCCGCUUUUCCCCAUCUUCCCCCGUAAACGAUUCUCCGCCAGAUGGACCCUUCCCUCAUCCACCCAACACUGCCCAUCCACCAGCGAUCUACUAUCUUCCAAAAAUCCUCACUCCUUUGCAACAAGCAUUCCUCGCUCGACGACGACGGCAGGCUGAGAAACGGGUUGGAGAGGAACAAACCGAAUGGACGAAUGAGAAAGAGAAAGGAAUGAACGAGGUGAGAGAAUUGAGAACGAGAGUCAACGCAGUGCAGAGAGAGUUGAAUGAGAAUGGGCCGCUUGAUGCUGAAGAGAAGAUGGAGGACGAAGUCAUGGAUGGAGUGGAUGAGAAGCAAGGUCGUGAACAUCCUGAUGCUAUACAGGAAGACGAUACCAUUGAUGCGGUGGAGUACUGAAUUUUAUUUAUCUAUUUUGCAGCAACCCCUUUCUGUCUGAUGGUAAUCGGCCACGGGAGCCCUCCUCCAUCGCGUCUUUGGUCUUCUUGCGAAGAAUUUUUUGUACCAGUUCUAUUACUUGAUGCUUGCAAUUUGCUUUAUCGACUUUUUAAUGUUAUGAAUUCUCAUGUCAGACGCAGUCUCCGAGGCACU